GGUGUCGGACUCCUCUCAGGAAUGCGGCGGGAAGAGUGAGGAGUCUGCCUCAACUGAAGUAGGAGCAAGCUCAGUUUUCUUUAUGUUGCCAUGUUUAGUUGAAAGUCAUUGUUUUCUGGAGUGAGUGUGUGUUGUAACUGUGGGCUGCUUGUCCAAGAAGUCACUUUUAAACCUAACGCCAGCGACCUGUGAGGAUUAUUACAGGCUGAGAUCUUCACUGCGACUCCCAUCUGGCAUCAUGGGCUGCAACAAGGUGCUGUGGGGGGUGGUAGGAACUGCUGUCGUCAUCACGUUAAUAACGAUCCCGGCAGUUUAUUACAGCAAAUCUGAUGGCAUCAAAAGGCCAUUCACCCUUGAAGAUUACUUCAAUAACACCAUAAGGUGGAGAGCCUACAAUUUGUAUUGGAUAUCAGAUAAGGAAUAUCUGCAUAAAACAACAGAGGGGAAUGUCUUUCUCCACAAUGCUGAAACAAAUGAGAAGUCACUAUAUUUGAGCAAUUCAACCUUUGCCCAAGUGGAUGCCGCACAUUACAUGCUGUCUGGUGAUUAUAAAUAUGUCGCUUUUGAAAGCAAUUACACAAAGAAAUGGAGGCAUUCAUUCACAGCCUCCUACUCCAUCUAUGACAGGGAGCGUUCAACAUUUGUUACGCCUGUCAAUAUUCCAACUGUUGUGCAGUACUUUGCCUGGGCCCCAGCAGGACAUAAAUAUGCUUACGUGUCAGACUUCAACGUUUUUUUCAAAUCUGACAUCAAUGCUGAAGCUGUACAAGUGACUCACAAUGGGAAACAGAAUGAGAUCCUUAAUGGUGUCCCCGACUGGGUGUAUGAGGAGGAAGUGUUUGCAUCUAACGGGGCAAUAUGGUGGUCGACAACUGGAAGAUUCUUGGCCUAUCUGGAGUUGAAUGAUACAGAAGUUCACAAAGUGGAGUUCUCUUGGUAUGGAUCUGAGCAAUAUCCUCAAACAGUGGCUGUUCCAUACCCAAAGGCUGGAUCGACACUUACCAAGGUGAAACUGUUUGUGGUUGAUACAACAAAUCCAUCCCGCCGCACACAGGUGCUCCCUCCUGCAUCCAUCGCGUCCGGUGAUCACAUUUUGUGCUCAGUGACCUGGGUUACAGACGAACGCGUCGCUGUGCAGUGGCUCACAAGGAAGCAGAAUUACGUGGUUGUGCAGAUCUAUGACUUUGAUGGGAGCAGCUGGAAAGAAGUACAGAAAUUUGAGCAAACAAGCAGGACAGGUUGGGUCGGCCAUUACGUGCCCUUACCUCUUUUCUUUGCUGAAGAUAACCUCAGUUUCUACAAUGUGAUGAGUGACACUCAGGGCUACAAACAUAUCCAUUAUGUGAAAGAUGGCAAAGCACAACCUAUUACCUCUGGGAAGUGGGAAGUCAUCUACAUAUCCAAAUUAACAAAAGAUGCCAUAUAUUUUGUGAGUAAUGAGUACCAAGGAAUACCUGGAAAGAGAAAUUUUUACAAGGUUAUGAUUGGAAGCAGCCCGUCUACCCCUCAGUGCCUCACCUGCGAUGUGUAUAAGGACAGGUGUCAGUACAACUCGGCUUACUUAAGCUUUGACGCCUCUUACUUCCGAAUGGACUGCUUCGGACCUGGAUUGCCCCUCUACACACUCAUGGACAACAGGGGCUCAGGUGCACAGCUCUCCGUCCUUGAAGACAACAAGGAGCUGGAAGAUAUUCUGUCAGAAAUCCAAAUGCCAAAGAUGCAGCACGGCACACUGAAGAUUGCAGGAUUUGAUCUUUGGUACCAAAUGAUGUUGCCACCAAAUUUUAAGAAAUCUAAAAAAUAUCCUCUUCUCAUCGAUGUGUACGGUGGCCCCUGCAGUCAGAGAGUGGACUAUCGAUUCAAGCUGAACUGGGGCACGUACCUCUCCAGUUCACAUGGGAUCAUCUUCGCCAGCUUUGAUGGAAGGGGGAGCGGCUACCAAGGUGAUGAAAUCUUGCACGCAAUCUACCGGCGUCUUGGGACGUUUGAAGUGGAAGAUCAGAUAACAGCUGUGAGGAAAUUCAUUGACAUGGGUUUUAUCGACAAGGACAGAAUAGCAAUAUGGGGCUGGUCAUAUGGUGGUUACGUGACCUCAAUGGCCUUGGGUGCUGGAACUGGGCUCUUCAAGUGUGGAGUAGCAAUUGCCCCAGUUGCAAAGUGGGAAUAUUAUGAUGCAGUCUACACUGAACGCUACAUGGGGAAGCCCACAGAGAAUGCAGACGCUUACACAAAUUCCACAGUGACGGCCAGAGCGAAGAACUUCAAUACUGUAGACUAUCUAUUGGUUCAUGGCACAGCAGAUGACAAUGUCCAUUUCCAGCAGGCAGCACAGAUCUCCAAAGCUCUGGUGGACGAGCAAGUGGACUUUGAGACAAUGUGGUACACUGACAAGGACCAUGGUCUCAGUGGAUCAGCCCUGCGUCAUACAUACAACCACAUGAGUCUCUUCCUGCAGAAAUGCCUCCUUCAUCCCAAAUAGAUGUGAAGAAUGUGACAGCAUUUAUAGUGAAGAUCAUCACAAUGUUAUUUUGUUUUCUAAUUUGUGUAUUUUUUUUAUGUUAUUGAUUUUCUGAAGUGUCCAAUUGAACGUUUUGUGGACGUUUUUAUGUGCAAUGGAUAUUCGAUUAUUUGUACAAAUGAGCGUUUGUAUUUUUUGUGGAACUUUCGUCAGAAUAUGUGAUGUUUAAAACAUACUAAAUCCAUUGCAUGCAUUUAUAGUCAUUUUGUGAAUAUGAUAACAUACAAUAUCAAAAUUGCACUGCACUGAUUUGUUGUAGAAUGGUGUCAUUUAUGUUGCAGUCAUGUUGUAAUGAAGGUAAAAUAAACAUAAUUUUGAAAUA